AUGGCACCCCCACCCACAACACACUACACGCUCCUCGCCCUCCACCCCUCUGCCUCCGCCGCGGAGAUCAAAAAAGCCUGGAAAACCUUCAUGCUCGCGCACCACCCAGACAAACUCGCGCACCUGACCGCCGCCGAGCGCGCGGCAGGCGAGGCGCUGAGCAAAGUGGCGAAUGCAGCGUAUGAGUGUCUUUCAGACCCGGUGGAGAGGGGGCGGUAUGAUGCGGAGAUUAGAAAGGAGGAGCAGUUGCGUGAGGCGGGGAAGCAGAAGAGGAAGCGGGAAGCUGGGAACGGGGCUACGCAGGCGCAGCCGCCGCCAAAGAAACGAAGGAGGCCGAGCGACACUGGCGGUGGCGCGGAAGGCAAAAGAAGGACAAGGAGGGUGUACACCGCCGAGGAAGAAUGGGAGCGUGCGAAGCACGAGUUUGCGAGGCAGGACGCAGAGGCACGGGCUCAGGAGGAGAAGAAGUACCAGACGCGCGCUUCUACUGCUUCUCCUUCGCCUCCUCCGGCUUACCCUCGAACGCGGACUCGACCACCCAGCAACAACACCGCAUCGCCGCCCGCCACUGCAAGCGUCGGGAAUACGCAGCAAAAACAGCCCGAGCGCCGCGCGAACUCGAACGGCUUUUUUGUUAAUGGCUGGCACUUCAUGCUCGCCGUGUCGCGCAAGUACUUCGUCUACGGCCCGUUCACUGCGUCGAAUACACAUACACGUACGCGGAGAAAUAGCAGCCACAGCGACAGCGAGAGCGUGACAGUCUGUCUAACGCUGCGGGAUAAUCCCGUCUGGAAAGCAUCAUCGGGGCGUCGUAGCGAUGGCGAGAGGGUAGAGAAAGGCGUCUUCGUCGCCGUGAAGCGGACGCCUAGCGGGAGGGCGGUUAGCAGGAUCCAGGCGCUGCUACAGAGCUGGGGCCCGCACGAGGGAGCGGGGAGAGAAAGGCAGAGGGGAUGGAAGAUGCUUACCAUCACGCUGCAUACUACUACUACUACCCCCUACCUCCUGACCACAACCCGCCUCGCCUUCGACCUCACCCUUCCUUCCAUCCCAUCCUCCCUAUCCACUCGCUACUGCGCCACGCAUCUCAUCUUCUCCACUACUCCGCCUAAGCGAUUUAUCCAAAACCGCCCGUUCAGCCCCCAUGGCUGGGCGUUUCCGCUGCAGAGUCCUGAGCUGCGGUUGAGUAUGCUGCCGGAGUUGCAGCCUAUGCUGCUGGUGGAUAUGGGGAGGGAGUAUUGCAGAGAGGUGAGGGCGGGGAAGGAGAGGUGGUAUCGGCUGGCGGCGGCGGGGGUUAGGAAGGGAGGGGGUGUGUGA